AUGAUUAGAUCGUUUCCUUCAAUCACCAUAAUACAAACUAAACACACUUUUAGAAUAACAAGUAGGAAUGUUGGCUCAAUAAAGAAAGGUGCCAGUCAAAUAGCAAAAAAACUAACCGCAUAUUAUUUGGUCUAUAGGAGACACGAUAAAAUUCUGUCUAGAGCUCUCCUUCAUACACCUUUGUUCAUAAAGAAGGGAAGUCUGAACCCUUAGGAGGAGUUUUAAUAAGAAUAAACUCAUGUUUUGACUUCACUAACAUCUCUGACAAGGUUACACCUCCUAAUCUUACAGAUUAUGACUACAUUGCUAUAAAUUGUAGAAACAGUUGCUUAAAUUUAAUGA